AUGUCUGUUGGUUCUUAUCUUGUUACAGCCUCUCUUUUAACCGUGGGGGGCUACAUGCUCUUCACAGGGUCAGGUGAAUCCUUCAACGUUGGAUGGUUCCUCGAAAGCACUUCUCCUUAUAUGUGGGCAAGUUUGGGAGUCGCCAGUUGUAUUGGAUUUUCAGUCAUUGGUGCUGCCUGGGGGAUCUUUAUCACAGGUGCAUCAAUUAUCGGAGCCGGUGUCAAGGCUCCACGUAUCACUACCAAGAAUUUGAUCUCCAUUAUCUUCUGUGAGGUUGUGGCAAUCUACGGGUUAAUCAUGGCGAUUGUGUUUUCAGCUAAGUUGAACAGUGUUGCCUCUUCUGAAUUGUACACGAAGGAAAAUUUAUACACUGGGUAUUCGCUCUUCUGGGCUGGGUUGACAGUUGGACUUUCAAACUUAAUUUGUGGUAUAGCUGUUGGUAUCACGGGCUCCACAGCCGCUAUCUCGGAUGCCGCCGACUCUUCGCUUUUCGUGAAGAUUUUGGUUAUUGAAAUUUUUGGAUCGGUGUUGGGUUUGUUCGGGUUGAUCGUUGGUUUGUUGAUGGCGGGUAAGGCACAAGAAUUUGCCUAG